AUGUCUUCCAGUGCUUUGCCAAAACCUCAGAUGUGUGACCUUCUGGCCAAGUGUCUGAGAUUUCAUAUUGUUGGAGCCAUCAUUGUAUCCUUGGAGGUUGCAGCUUCCUAUGAGUUUGGUGUAGCUGAACCAAGAAAGAAGGCAUAUGCAGAUUUCUACAAAAAUGAUUCCACGAAAGAUUUUGAGGAGAUGAGGAAGGCUGGUGUCUUUCAGAGUACAAAGUGAUCUUAGAAUGUAAAGAAU